UUUGUUUACAUUUUUAUUUUUGUAUGUAAUUAAACGCUUGCAAUGAACUCUACGAAUACCAAUCUGGAGCACAUGACGUACAACUUACAGUACUUCAACUUUACAGCUGAACAAGUAUCCGCCGAGCGCGAGCAACUCGUACAUUCACUGCUGAGUAAUGCUUUGGACACUGCCAUCAAGAAAGUCCAGACACCAGCCACCGCCGAACUAUUGGCAAAGCAAAAAUACUUUGUGUUGGGUAAGAUUAAAGGAGCCUGCGAUAAAAAACUCGCAAAAUUGCGUGAGCUGGACAGCGCCACCUUUAAUGUUCCUCCAUAUGUGCUGCAAAUACAGGAUUUUGACUUGGAACACAAGCUGACAGCAGCCGAUGAACAAAAGAAAAUUACACACUUGGAAGAGCUGAAGAGUCGUUAUCGGGAGAACAUGGCCAUGUUAGCCGAACUGCAGGCAGAGCAGGAAAAGUAUGAUUCAAUUGAAAAGCAUAUCCAGCAUGAAAUGAAAAUACAUCAGCAGAUUUGCGACGCUUCUGCUUCCUUUGAGUACAAUAAGCUCACUAAGAUCGUCGGCAAACUGAUCAAAGAUCACGACCAGCAACAGGCUCAGCAGUAAAUGUGUUUUGCUCACUUUUCCCUUUUCUGUAGGCUAGUUUAGUUUUUCGACUUUAUGUUGCCACAUUUCUUAAGAUUUUCACUUAUAUGUAUAUAUAAUAACAUAUACAUUGCUCUGCUGUCGGGAGCGUUCCGUGCGUAUUUGCCAUUCCUUUUCUAUUUUCGAUGCUCUCUCUUGACGUCCAGAGCUACAUUAACAUCAACAGUUCAACAGCCGCCGUGGACGCCAGAAUACAACCAUACGCCGCAUUGCCUCACAAACUAAAGCAUGGGGUGUGCUUAUAGCUAGCGAGUUGAAGAAAAGUUUUUAUGUAGUUCUAUUUAUAAAGACUGCGCGGCGGCUACAUUUUUGCGAAACGAAUUUAAAAACAAAACUGCAAA